AUGGAUGCUGCUGCCGCUGCUGAUGCCGCCGCCGCUGCUGCUGCCGCUGCUGAUCCCACGCUGGAUUUUGACCCAGAUGAACUCAGAGCUGUCUAUGAAAGUACCUCACCUUACAUAGCGGGGUUUUUUCCGUCUUCUCCAGGAGUCAUUGUUAUGUCAACCAACAGACAUGAUGUGGUUGCUGUUCACUCAGAGUUGAUUAGCGAUGACCCUGAAUACCUUCCUAAAAUAGUUCGGUAUUAUUCUAAUAAUACCGAAGCUCGUGUUGACGCAGUGGCAAAACUUCCUGCUGAUGUUACAGUCUUGUUUGCAAAGCGCAAGGGUGAGCGAUUGCCUGACAUUGGAUUUUCAAACCUGGAUCCCCAAGAAGGUGUGUCUGAGAAAGUGGUGACAUUUUUCCCAUACAUGGACACAGUGGCUAUGUUCAAGGGACACAUUGGGUUAAGGAAUGCCACAUCCAGGGACGUGAGGGCACCAGAGCAGGAGGUUCAGCCAUCAUCCAUCAACACAUUCACCUUUACUGCCCCGUAUGCAUCCGUUAGCUUCAGGAAAGAUGGUAAUGAGCAUGAUCCUGAUCUACUGGAGACACGCUUAAUGACUCUUGGCGCUCCUGUGUUCAACUUAAAUGGCCAGAUUGUAGGUAUAUUGAGUGAUGUCGGUAUUGAUUGUAGUCUGAAAUUUGCGAGGAAAGCAGUAUACUUAGGUGAAGUCCGUUCACAACUGCGGGGCGAGCAAGUCAAUUGGCUGAAGGGGGAAGAGAAGGUGAGACGUGGUUUGUGA